GUGCUGACGCUAAUUGUAUAUGAGCGCGAGCGGCGGGCUCUCGGGUCUUUUUUAGCGCCAUCUGCUCGCGGCGCCGCCUCCUGCUCCUCACGUCGCUGCCCUGAGUCACUGCCUGCGCAGCUCCGGCCGCCUGGCUCCCCGUGCUAGCCACCGAUAUUUGGAAUUCUUACAACAUGGCAGACAUUGACAACAAAGAACAGUCUGAACUUGAUCAAGAUUUGGAUGAUGUUGAAGAAGUAGAAGAAGAAGAAACUGGUGAAGAAACAAAAAUCAAAGCGCGUCAGCUGACUGUUCAGAUGAUGCAAAAUCCUCAGAUUCUUGCAGCUCUCCAAGAAAGACUUGAUGGUCUGGUAGAAACACCAACAGGAUACAUUGAAAGCCUGCCUAAGGUAGUUAAAAGACGAGUGAAUGCUCUCAAAAACCUUCAAGUUAAAUGUGCACAGAUAGAAGCCAAGUUCUAUGAGGAAGUUCAUGAUCUUGAAAGAAAGUAUGCUGUUCUCUAUCAGCCUUUAUUUGAUAAGCGAUUCGAGAUCAUUAAUGCAAUUUAUGAACCCACAGAAGAAGAAUGUGAAUGGAAACCAGAUGAGGAAGAUGAAAUUUCGGAGGAGCUGAAAGAAAAGGCCAAGAUCGAAGAUGAGAAAAAGGAUGAAGAAAAAGAAGACCCCAAGGGAAUUCCUGAAUUUUUGUUGACUGUUUUUAAGAAUGUUGACUUGCUCAGUGAUAUGGUUCAGGAACAUGAUGAACCUAUUCUGAAGCACUUGAAAGAUAUUAAAGUGAAGUUUUCAGAUGCUGGUCAGCCUAUGAGCUUUGUCUUGGAAUUUCACUUUGAACCCAACGAAUAUUUCACAAAUGAAGUGUUGACAAAGACCUAUAGGAUGAGGUCAGAACCAGAUGAUUCUGAUCCCUUUUCUUUUGAUGGACCAGAAAUUAUGGGUUGUACAGGGUGCCAGAUAGAUUGGAAAAAGGGGAAGAAUGUCACUUUGAAAACCAUUAAAAAGAAGCAGAAACACAAGGGACGUGGGACAGUUCGUACUGUGACCAAAACAGUUUCCAAUGACUCCUUCUUUAAUUUUUUUGCCCCUCCUGAAGUUCCUGAGAGUGGAGAUCUGGAUGAUGAUGCUGAAGCUAUCCUUGCUGCAGACUUUGAAAUUGGUCACUUUUUACGUGAACGUAUAAUCCCAAGAUCAGUGUUAUACUUUACUGGAGAAGCUAUUGAAGAUGAUGAUGAUGAUUAUGAUGAAGAAGGUGAAGAAGCGGAUGAGGAAGGGGAAGAAGAAGAUGAGGAAAAUGAUCCAGACUAUGACUCAAAGAAGGAUCAAAACCCAGCAGAGUGCAAGCAGCAGUGAAGCAGGAUGUGUGUGGCCUGAGGAUAACCUGCACUGGUCUACCUUCUGCUUCCCUGGAAAAGGAUGAAUUUUCAUCAUUUGACAAGCCUAUAUCAAGUUUUUUUGUUCGUUUGUUUGCUUUUGUUUUUGCAGCGUAAAAUAAAAAUGUCAAAUAUAAUUUUAGUUCUCACAAGGUAAUGUCUUAAUUUUGUACUAAUUCAGGUAGAAGCAGUCAUAGCUUUAAUUAAGUGUUGUACCUAGAGUACUAUAUUGAAGAAAAGGAUGCCAACUUUGGAAGAGGUGUACUGCAUCUCCUAGUAAGAAAGUGUGGAAAAGAAAGACAAAAUCUUAAUCUUAAAUGAUGUAAUUUUUUUUUUUAAAAGAAAAAAAGUUAAGGGUUUUUUUUUUUUUUUUUGGUUAGAAUGAGAGGGCCCCAAACCUCUAUAGUUCCAAUUCUUAGUGCUUAAAAUAUGUUAUUUACCCAUGCUUCUGUUUACUAUGUAUUAAAAUGGGUAGUACUGUUUACUUAACUACCUCACAGAUGUGUUAUGCAUAUUAAGUUAAAUUUUAUGAAAUGUUUCUCAACCUUAUAAAAACUUAAAAAUUUGGACCUAUUUGCACCACGAGUCUGAUAUUCAGCAUUUUAUUCAUUCCAUGGUUUGAUAAACUGGGAAACAAAGAUUAAGUACUUUAUUAUGAAUCUGGUCAGAUAACACUUUGGCUCCUAUUUUAAUAGAAGUGGAUGGAUAACUAUUUCAAAAGGUCCAAGGAUUGUUUUUAGAUAUUUUAGUUAUGACCAUGUUGUAGAGAUCAUGGGACCAAAAAGAAAAAAAAAAAAAAAAACAACACCAUUUUUAGGGGGGGAAAUGCCAUUAAAUUUGAGACUGUAGAGCCACCUUUAAAAUACCUCAGGCUAAUUACUGUUAUUUUUUUUUGUGGUGAACUUAAAAGCUUUGGCAGUGAGGGUGGACUUAAGUGGAUUGUAAUUAGAGGACAGCUUAGAGUUUCUACUCUUAAUAAAAUUAUAUAGGUUCAUUUUUAGAGGUAAUAGAGCUUCCGUUUUGAAAUUUUAAUAUGAAGGUCUUGGAACAUGGACACAUUUUGUUAUUUGCAUAGUACUAUCCAUUCUGUUUCUGAGAUUUUAAUUAACUACUGGAAAUCCUUAACCGACUGCAAUAGUUAGUAGGGGGAAAAAAUGCCAUGAAAGCACCUUAUGUUUUUCCUCUUAGUUUUUGAAUGAUUUUGGUUGCUUUGAUUAGACAUUCUGUGCUGAUUUUUUUGUGUGUGUGUGCCCAUAGCUCAUUUGAACACAGCUGAACUUAAAAAAAAAUUUUUAAUCUAAACAUAGGAUCCCAUUUUUAAUGAACUUAAAGUAGCAAAACCACUGUUUUUUUAAAUUUGUUUGGGUUUUUUUUAUUCCUCUAGGAAAUAGCUAUUGCCAAAGUGAAGGAGUAGAUACUAUUUUGUCUUGUUAUAUAAGGGUAAUGUGGUUGCAGAGGAAUUGUUCUCUUAAUAAAGUUGGAGUUUUAAGAGAUAUCAGUGUUCAUCUGUGCCAUUUCUCCAUUCUGAAAUGGUUCUAUUCCAUUCUAGAAAUUUGAAAUAUGUAAUUUGAAUUCCUUAAUAAAAUUUGCAUUUAAUUUUA